AUGAGCUCCCCAUUAUGGCUCCAAUUCCUUCGCCCAUAUGCGAGACGGCCACUCGCCGCGCGCAAGUCGGUAUACCUGAGCUUCUAUGAGCUCACUCGACAAGGCCAUGCGCAAGCACCAGGAGUGCAACGCAAGCGUUUUGCGAGCACGCAGAAACCGGCGACAUCGGAUGACCUCGAGGUAGAGAACGAAGGUGCGCUUGUCGAUGCUCGAAUCAAGGAGCUAUCCGCAGCCGAGGCACUGUCCUAUCCCCGGUAUAAGUCCACAGGAAACCAUCUGAGGGUACCGAUUUUCAAUGAGAGAUACAAGGAUGUCACUCCGCAGACGCCCGCCUCAGACGAGGUAGUUCUGCAUGGACGUGUGCACGCGGUACGGCGUGGUAGCUCGAAGCUUGUAUUUAUAGACAUAACGGGAGAGUUCGAGCAUGUUCAGGGGCUAUGUAACUUCGGUAAGCUGGGCCCUCUAGGUAUAAACCUGGAGGACUUCAAGGCGUCGACUCGGUUGCUCAAGAGAGGUGAUCACGUCGCUUUGACCGGUCGACCAACACGGACAGAGAGGGGCGAGCUCACCCUCGAGGCCACCCAGCUCCCGCAGCUGCUCUCUCCCAGUCUCGUGCCACUUCCUACCAAGUUGGUAGACGAAGACACGAAGAUACAGAAGCGCCACGUUGACCUGCUGGUCAAUCGCCAACAAGCCGACAUUCUCCGGCUGCGCGCUUACAUCAUGAAGUACAUGCGGGACUUCUUCCACGACCGCGGUUUCCUUGAAUUCCAAACGCCGAUCAUGGCCGAGAACGCCGGAGGCGCAAUCGCCCGGCCGUUCGCAACGACCUCAACGGAGUUUCCAGACAAAGAGCUGGCCCUGCGCAUCGCGCCAGAGCUAUGGCUGAAGAGGCUAGUCGUCGGAGGCAUCGAGAGGGUAUUCGAGAUAGGACCCUCCUUCCGCAACGAAGGCAUCGACCUCUCGCACAAUCCCGAGUUCACCACGUGCGAAUACUACAACGCAUACGCCAGUCUGUCCGAUUUGACUUCACAGACGGAAGACCUCGUCUCCGGCAUGGCACACUACUGCCAGGGCCUGAUCGAUACAAAACUGACCUCCCUCCCGCCUAUCGACCUCGCCCCCUAUAACGAGCCAUACAAGCAGCUCGAGUUCAUCCCCUCUCUCGAAUCCGCCCUCGGCUUCACUCUGCCAGAUCUAUCCAGCGACACCGCCUUCUCUGAGCUCACCUCUCUCCUCAAGGAGCACAAGAUCGACCAGGGCACAGACGACGUCUCCGCCUCGUCGACCACCCUCUCCCAGCUCCUCGACCGCCUCGCGGGCAUCUACCUCGAGCCGCACUCGGCGCGCGCCCCGCUCCUCAUCACCCACCACCCGGCGUGCAUGUCGCCGCUCUCCAAGUCCUUCACAUGCGACAAGACGGGACAGCUCGUGUCCGCGCGCGCGGAGCUCUUCGUCGGCGGCCGCGAGCUCGCCAACAUGUACGAGGAGGAGAACGACCCGUUUGCGCAACGCCGCAAGUUCGUCGAGCAGGCGCGCUACCGCGAGCAGCGCGCCGCCGCAGCAGCAGCAGCAGCGGGAGGCGGCAACGAGGCAGAAAACUCGUCCUCAUCCCGCUUCGACAGCGAGGACGCCUCACUGGCCAUCGACGAGAGCUACAUCUCUGCGCUGGAGUCUGGAUUGCCGCCCACGGGCGGCUGGGGCUGCGGCAUUGAGAGGCUCGUCAUGGCGUUCUCUGGGACGCGGCGUAUUAAUGACUGCCUGAGCUUUGGAACUCUCAGGAAUGUCGUGGGCCUGUCGUCUAGGAGGAAGAAGUAA